AUGGAUAAAGAUAUAGAUACAAAUAAUUCGGAAUGCUCCGAGUAUAAAUCAAAACUAAAUCAAUUUAUUGCAAAGCAAAGUGAACAACUUAAACAAUUGUUCCCAGAUUUCAAAGGUUUUUCAGAGGAAGAAACCAAAACGUUAGAAGAUUCAUUCAAGAAAUCAUAUGAUAAUCCAGAAAUUGAAUCUAUCUUUGAUGAUUGGCCACUCAUUGAUAUGGCAUUAAUCCUUGGAAAUGUAUUUUCAUUUCAUCCAGCUGGAGGUCCAUUCACUGCUGCUUUCAACAUUCUAUUUGGCGCUUUAGGUUUAUUCAACAAUGGUCAAGAUAAAAUGAAACAAAUAAUGGAGGAAGUCGAAAAGUUGGUUAAUCAAAAGAUUGGAGAAUUUGCUAGAAACCAAGCUCUAUUAAGAUUCCAAGCAUUACAAACCACUGGUGAUAGAUACUUUAGAUUAUCGCAACAAUGGUAUGAUAAUAACUCUGUUCAAACAACACUCGAUCCAUCAAAGAAAGUAAUUUUUGAAGAUGAUGGAUUCAAUAUGCCAUUGAGUGCUCUUGAAAUGGUAUAUCUUGAUUAUUUAAGAGAUCUUGAAACUGCUUUAGUAUUCUUUGGUGGAGAAGAAUAUCUUGCAUAUACAAUUCCGUUUUACUACCUAACUGGUGGACUCUACGUUGCACUUCAAAGAGAUGUUAUCCUUAAAGGAAAAGAAAUGGGUUUUGAUGCAAGCUAUAUCGAUGGUACUCCCAAUACCAAAUCAUUAAAGGUCCUUUUGCAUGAGAAAAUUGAGGAAAUGAUGUCAAUUUCUCUCAAAGGUGUUUAUCCAUUUCAACGAUUGAAGAAUUGGGGAGGACUUUUUAAUUUUCCACCAUAUUUCGGUGCAGCAAUGAAAUUUAUUAAUGGAGAUCUUGUUCUUUAUCCAAAUGGUGUAACUGUCUUACAUCCAAAUUAUUUUCAUGAAAUUGAGUUCCCAGAAGCAAAAGGUGUUUACAAGUUUGGAGGACUUCCUGAUGCAGAUAGAUACGGUUUAGUCUACCAUCCUAAUAGAUCUCUGAGAUCAGGAGUUUGGGGUUUAACAUGUCAUAAUAAAAUAUUAUGGGAUUUCUCAAUUAACUAUAAACUAAAUUGUAAAACAAGCCAUUCAAGAAGGUUCAAAAUUAGAGUAUACCAUAUGAUUAAAGGUCAAGCAAGUUUUUCAUUAAUCAAUUUACUUGGUGGUCAAGAAGUACAACUGAUGGAAUGGACAACACCUUCUACCAGAGCUUAUCUCUACCAGUACAAUGCAGGAGAAAAUGAAGGUUACAAUGAAUCCCAAGUAUUUAAUGUUCCAAACUUCAAAAACAUGAUAAUUCGACUUAAUCGUAAACAAGAUGUCGGAUAUACCCAUAUGGCUUUUUUUGGAGGAAUUGAAUUCAUUGAUGAAUAG